AUGACGCGCUCUCUUCAAGGAUCCGUCGUUCUCGUAACAGCCGGUACAUCUGGCCUCGGUCUCUGCGUGGCGGAAAAGUUGAUUCAAGCCGGCGCCUCGGUAGUCAUUAAUUACGUCAACGACGAUGAACGGGCCCACGAUGCUUUCGUGCACCUGAACCAAUUAGCUUCGAUAUGUUUCUCGCCGGAUACUGGACAGCGAUGCUUGAAAAUAAAGGCUGAUGUGACUAAGAGAGAAGGAAUCCAAGAGUUGGUCAACCAGACGGUAUCUGUUAUGGGUAGAAUUGAUGCCGUGGUGUCAAACGCUGGAUGGACCAAGUUUGCGAAUUUCCACGACAUUGACGAUAAUGUUGAUGAGGAAGUUUGGGAUCGCUGUUAUGCGGCUAAUGUCAAGUCGCACAUGUUUCUCUGCCAUGCGGUGAAGAAACAUUUGGAGGAAGCCAAAGGUGCAUUUGUCAUGACUGCGUCUGUCGCGGGAGUCAAGCCUAGCGGGAGCUCUAUCGCAUAUGCUGUUACCAAAGCUGCGCAAAUCCAUCUGGCAAAGACUUUGGCUACGGUCAUGGCACCAUCAAUUCGUGCCAACUCUGUAUCCCCAAGCUUUAUGGAAACAAAUUGGAUCGCCAAUAUGCCACAAUCAAAGAUCGACGCUGCUAGAGAAAAGACUCUCCUCAAGCAGAUCGCCAAAGUUGAGGACGUCGCAGAACAGAUUGUCCUGCUCAUAAAAUCGGAAUCUGUUACUGGAUCUAAUGUUCUCAUUGAUUCAGGGUUUUCUAUCUAG